UGCUCUUCCUGUGCAAGAAACCGGCAUAGAAUUCGCUAAAUUUAAAUGGCCGAUUUGUUUGGAUACCUAAAUGCAAUCUUAGAACAUCCCCUAAAACUUAAAGUUGCAUGAAAAUUGCUACUUUCAUUAUUGAUCAUCGAAGAAUAUUUUUUUAACUUAAAUUGUUUGCUUCAUGAUCUAUUGAAACAAUGGCUGCAGUGUGCUCAAUAAAUUUUGAUGAAUUUGGAAGACCGUUCUUGAUUUUGAAAGAUCAAGAGAGUAAAAAUAGAUUGACUGGUGUUGAAGCUAUAAAGACACAUAUAUAUGCCGGGAAAAGUGUAGCAAAUACCUUACGAACUUCUUUAGGACCUAAAGGGCUUGAUAAAAUGCUUGUUUCUCCUGAUGGUGAUGUGACUGUAACUAACGAUGGAGCUACGAUUUUAAAAAUGAUGGAUGUUGACCAUCAAAUUGCAAAGCUCUUCGUCCAGUUGUCUCAAUCACAAGAUGAUGAAAUUGGAGACGGUACCACUGGUGUUGUUGUUCUAGCAGGUGCCUUACUUGAACAUGCAGAGCAGUUAAUCGAUAAGGGCAUCCAUCCCAUUAGGAUUGCUGAUGGUUUUGAAAUGGCUGCCAGAUGUGCAAUGGACCACCUAGAUAAAAUUAGUGAAAGUUUUCCUUUUGAUAAAGAUAAUUUAGAGCCACUGGUGCAAACAGCUAUGACAACAUUAGGAUCAAAAAUAGUUAACCGAUGUCAGCGACAGUUUGCUGAAAUUGCAGUUCAAGCUAUUGUAUCCGUUGCUGAUUUGGAACGUAAAGAUGUAGAUUUUGAGCUUAUUAAAGUUGAAGGGAAGGAAGGUGCUCGUUUAGAGGACUCUCUUUUAGUUAAAGGUGUUAUAAUUGACAAAUAUUUUAGCCAUCCACAAAUGCCUAAGGAUGUUAAAGAUGCUAAGUUAGCUAUCUUAACUUGCCCAUUUGAACCUCCCAAGCCAAAGACCAAACAUAAGUUGGAUGUCACAUCAGUGGGCAGUUACCAAGAACUAGUGAAAUAUGAACAAGACAAAUUUGUUGAAAUGGUUCAACGGGUAAAAGAUACAGGUGCAAACCUUGUAAUAUGUCAGUGGGGUUUUGAUGAUGAAGCAAAUCAUCUCCUUCUUAAACAUGAAUUACCUGCUGUUCGCUGGGUUGGUGGCCCGGAAAUUGAACUUAUAGCCAUUGCUACCGGAGGUAGAAUUGUACCACGUUUUGAAGAGCUGACUGCUGAAAAGCUGGGAAAGGCAGGCAUAGUUAAAGGGUUAUCUUUUGGAACUACUGAUGAAAAAAUGCUUGUCAUUGAAGAAUGUCAAAAUUCAAGAGCUGUCACUAUCUUUCUUAGAGGGACAAAUAAGAUGGUGGUGGAAGAAUCCAAAAGAAGUAUUCAUGAUGCCUUAUGUGUUGUGAGAAAUUUGAUUAAAGAUAACAGAGUUGUAUAUGGAGGAGGAGCAGUUGAAAUUGCAUGCUCUCUUGUAGUCAGUGAACAGGCAGACAAGAUUGCAUCAAUGGAACAGUAUGCCUUCCGUGCUUUUGCUGAUGCCCUGGAGAGUGUUCCUCUAGCUUUGGCUGAGAAUUCAGGACUUAAUCCAAUGCUGGAAGUAACUUCCCUCAAAACCAGACAAAUCAAAGAGAAGAAUCCAUGGCUUGGUGUGGAUUGCAUGGGAAAAGGAACCAAUGAUAUGAAAUCUCAGAAUGUUAUUGAAACAUUAACUAGCAAGAAACAACAAAUAAGUCUUGCAACCCAGCUUGUUAGAAUGAUUCUGAAAAUUGACGACAUAAGAUCAUCAGCAGAUGGUUCAGAGUAUUAAACUGUUGUAAAAGGAACAAAACACAUCGCUUCUCUGUAUUAACACCUUCAGUUUAUGUAUAUUUCAUCUUUUUUAAUGUUCAAAUGAUUGCAUUUUUACAUUUGUUUUGCCGUGGCAAAUGGGCCUAAUAAAUUAACUGCAAACCUC